CUCAUCUGAUAAAUCCUCUGAAGAGGAAACUCAGACCCAGUCCAGUAGGCUGAGUAAAAAAGGAUCAUACUGGAAUGAGAAUCCCCCCACUCAUGGCAGAACACGCAGCCACAACAUUCUCAGGAGCUGUCCAGGCCCCCCCCCUGGAUCAACAGCUGUUUCGCCAAAAGAUGCCUGGGAUAUGUUCAUGAGCAACAACAUCAUUGAGGAGGUUCUAAAAUGCACCAACUUAGAGGGACGAAGAGCAGCAGCCACAUCAAAAGGGAAAGAGUGGCGAAGCAUUGAUAAAGCAGAAUUCAUGGCCUUUAUCGGUUUGACCCUCAUUGCAGGGGGGGAGAAGAGCUGGGAUGUGGCCUUGCGGGAGCUGUUUGUGGAUCAGCUGCAAAAUCCCAUUUACAAGGCCACCAUGGGGGUGAAGCGAUAUGAAGAUAUCCGCCGUGUUAUACGGUUUGACGACAAGAGGACCAGGGCUCUGCGACUGGAAACAGAUCACAUGGCGGCAUUUAGGUAUGUGUGGGACUGUUUCCUAGCCAACUGCAGAAGACAGUUCAUCCCCAGUGACUGUGUCACCAUAGAUGAGCAGCUCGUGCCAUUCCGAGGCAGGUGCAAGUUCCGCCAGUACAUGCCUAGCAAGCCUGCAAAAUAUGGAAUAAAAAUCUUCUGGAUGUGCGACGCUAGGGUACCUUAUGCAAUUGAUGGAACUGUCUAUACAGGAAGACAGCCAGGAGAGGAGGUUCAGAGGAACUUAGGAGAGAAUGUUGUCCAACAAUUGUGCAGUGGAAUCAGACAGACAGGUCGCAAUAUCACAAUGGACAACUUCUUCACCAGUGUCCCUCUAGCUGAGAAGCUCCUCGAGAAGAACCUGACCAUUGUUGGCACUCUUCGCCAGAACAAGCCGGACAUACCACCUAUCAUGAAGCCAUCUAAAUCACGGGAGAUUCAUAGCUCAGAAUUUGGAUUUAAUGGCAACAUGACCAUGGUGAGCUAUGUGCAGAAGAAGGGAAAAGCUGUUGUCCUCCUGAGCACCAUGCACGAUGACAGAGCAGUGGAUGAAAGCAGUCAAAAGAAGAAACCAGAAGUGAUCCAAUACUACAAUAAAACAAAAGGAGGUGUGGACACAAUGGAUCAGAUGGUGAGCAACUAUUCAUGUCAGCGGAGAACACGGAGGUGGCCCAUGGUUCUCUGGUACAAUAUGCUGGAUGUUGCCACCCUCAAUGCCUACACCAGCUUCACUGCACAACACCCUGGUUAUAUGGGUGGUGUCAGCAAUGCACGUCGGCUUUUCAUUAAAGAGCUGGGCAAAGAACUUGUCAUGCCACAUAUGAAGAGGCGCAUGGAGGGCACGCCCAAACUCCAAAAGCAUAUCAUCGAGGCAAUGGGAAGAUGUGGGUUAAAAAAACAAAACCCAGCCACCACCCAGCCACAAGAAAGCACCAGACAGGAGGGCCAAAGGAAGAGGAAGAGGUGCGCAAUCUGCCCAGUUUCCAGAGACAGAAAAGUCAGUAGCUGGUGUUCCCAGUGCACCAGGCCUGUGUGCAAGGAGCACAAACAUCAAAUCAUAAUGUGUGAGGCAUGUAAAAAUUGAGGUGGCAGUUUGUGUUCUAGUGAUGUGCCACAUUUCACCAGUUUACAGUUGUCAAACUUAUGUUAUAUUGUGUUAUCAGAGUUAUGUGUGACAAAAUGAAAAUAAACAUGUUGAAAGUAUUA